AGUGCUUUGCAAAUAUCUUGGUAUCACCUGCAAAAGUACUGAUUUCAGUCAAUUUAAUAAUUUGCAUCCCUGAUAUAAAGGAUGGUAAUUGAAAUUUGCUGACAUUUGUUUGUGUUUAGUUCCGUAGAGAUAUUUUAAACAGCUUAUCAACAGAGGAUUGAAGUAGAUGAUUACACAGUGAAAAAUGAUGAUGUCUGCAAAAUACCAAUGUUAUUUUUUGUUAUGUUGUAACAGUAAUGGCGACAGUUGGUGUUUAGGAAAUUUAACUUAUCCAACUGGACUUAACUCUAUUGGAUAUAAUUCUAGAUAUAUUAUGAAUUUUUAGUAUUAGUAUACUGGUAUUUAUUAUACUUGUUAGUAUUUAUGUUAGUGGUAGUUUAUAAGGUGCUAAUAUUCCAGAUAUUCAGCGAAUUUCAAAAAACCACGUUUCCCGUUAGCUUUGCCGCGUCAAGUUGUUAAUCAUAAGAAUUAUCAGUUCGCCGUAGCGGCUGUUCAAAGGGGAAUUGCAGGUCGCUGACAAUCGGCGGAAACUUUCCAGUUCGACCGAGGGCUGAUCAGGACUGGUCAAUUGUCAGUCCAACGAACGCUGGUUUGACAAUUGGCAUUGUCCAAUUUUACACCGGUUCGACGGCCGAUCCGCCUUCCUUCAUUUAACUAGAGGCUCGUCCAUUGUUCGAAAAUAUGAAUGUUCCAGGGUCAGCCGUCCUGGGACAACUCAGGAAUGUGGCAUUACGUGUCCCAUUUGAGCAAUUUAAACAGAAAUUAUUACUUAAUUCUUUCAUGUAAUCCAUUUCAAACGAGGCUUUUAUAUGUAUCAACACUAUAUUUACUAUGUGUUACACACAAAUAUAAUAUUUCACAAGGGAAGUCUUAAAUAACUAGAUCAAUGUGAUUUCAUUGACCUAAUCAGUUUUAACUGUUUCUAUACCUAAGAAUUGCUCAUAAUCCACUCACCUUUUUGAUUCAAUUUUUUUAACACCUUGUCAACAAGUUUUCUUUAUAUCAUAAAAUUUUGUAAGCUUCCUAUACCGAAAAUGUCAUUAUUUCCCUAGUCCAGGCAAUUAUUUGGUUUUGAUUUCUGAGCCUUAAGUAGUAAUAAUCUAUCUAGCCAUUGCGGAUUAGGGUAAGAUAUACCUUUUUUCAUUAAUGGCAGUUUAUGUUAAGCCUUCAGUAGAGAAUUUGAGUCUAAUUUCCUUUUCCUAGACUAUUUGAGUGUGUCAGUAAUUAGUUUUCAUUACUGACCCUUGGCUAAUGUUAGAAUUGGUGUGGUGUAUACCAUCAUUAAAGCUUAACGGAGCAGGUAGGGGUCGGAACCGUCCGGUCAUUGUCCCUCCAGAGAUUCUGAACGCACCUCUUAGACGGCCUGGUGGCGGCACUGGUGAUAGUUUCCAAUCGGCACAACCUUUUAACAGUAAGCCCGAGUACAAGAUGAUGCACAUCAGCACACCGCCUUCACCAAUGGGACGACCUGCGGAUCUCAAGCUUUCCCAAAUGCUUUCAAAGUUAGAUCUGAUUUUCGCUGGGAAAAUAGAAGAUCUGGUCAUUUACAGAGUCCUUAGUGUGUAUUUCAAAGAAGCAGACAGUCAAAUUUAUUUUGAUGCGAUGAUGGAGGCUAUUUUUAAAAAUAUGUUGCUCGAUCCUUCAAAUGCAGUCCCUAUCUGUAAAUAUUUGUACAUUCUGAGUCGUGAUCAAAGCAAAGGACACAGCAUUAGAUCUACAUUUUAUAAGUAUCUGCAAAAUUAUUAUAAUGACAAAUACACUAUUUGGAAAAAUCAAGGAAAUGAUUGUUUUAAGAACUUUGUGAAUUUUUUUGCUGCUGCUACACAUCACAACCGCAAUGUUUUUAUCGCUCCAUUUCACGAACUUGUUAAUGCUAUUUUGGAAUUUGCUUUCAUCCUUAGCUCUUGCCUUGACUCUUACGCAGAGAUAAAGCUGUACAGUCUACUAGUUAUCAGAUAUUCGCAAUAUACUAGCAUGCCGAAUUCAAAAGAAGAGAUUCCCGACAUCAAUGUGAACAUGCAAAAGUUCCAAGAGGUGAAAAACGCAGCAAGGCUCAAACUAAGCCGCGGGACCUGCAAGGAUCCGAAGUCGACGCUUUGGCUCAUGAUGGUUCUUGAAUCAAACUGUUCGCAUCCGGUGGCACAAACUUUCUACACAGAAGGGCUGGGAAAAGAAGACGUUAACAACUUUCAAACAGAUGUGCUCAACAUUCAACUUCCUAGAGAGGAUUUUAAAAUGUUCGAUAUCAGUCAUAUUGAGUCUAUAUUAACUCUAGUCUGAGCAAUAUACAAUUUAUUAUUUGUU